AUGGGAACUCGAGGGCUCGAGAUAGUGCGUUUUUGCGGGCGUUACUACAUUUGCUACCAUCAAUUUGACACCUACUUCGAGGGUCUCGGCGCUAAAAUAGUCGCGAGCAUCCCUGCCGACCCCGAGGAAUAUCAUGAAUGGCUCGAAUCCAUGCGAACGGAGUAUGCGGCUAAGGAAAGUGCCCUCGAAAGACAUGUCUACGAGAUCCGCGACGGCUUCGAACCCGACUAUUCACAAUUUAGCGAGUUUACGACGCUUCCUUCCGAGCUUCCACGAUUGAAUGAAUAUAACUAUGCUCAGUACAUUUACAUUAUCAAUCUCGAUCAUGAAGUUCUCACCAUGAACUACGGCAUACACUGGAAGCUGGGGAAUAUCCCGCGCCAGGACGGACUGUGGCUUCGUGCCAUUGCAGACAGCAUCUAUGGCCUGCCCACCAUUUCACUCGACAUUUGCCCGGAAGAGCAUAUGGCCUCGCCGGCUUUGGAGUAUCCAGAAGGGAAAUGGGAGUUCGAAUGUGACUUCCGCCCCGUAACCCCGAGGACAGACAUCGCGAAGGCACCGAAAGCGUUUCUCACACACGUUCUAGCCGGUAUACUUAUUGAAUACGAGGAGGAGAUCAUUAGAACACCUGGAUGGGUUGACGAGGUGUGGGCUGGUGAUAGCGCUCCGUUACUGGAGUUUGGCUCCCCAUCCCAUCGGCCGGGCGAGCCUCCAGGGGCGUCACCCAUGGAUACUAUGUACUGGCUCGAGGACAUUCUUGUCAGUCUUGCCCUGGUGAUUGACGGUGAGGCCAUCACGAAGGCCGCUACCUGGGGAAUUGAGCAGGGACGCGCCAACUUUCAGAUCGUCAUCUUAUCCCUCUUUGAAGUGGCCUUUGCAGAAGUCUCCUUUGAUGUUGAGGUGGGGCCAUUCAUUAAAGUCAGCUAUGCUGACAAUCUCUCGCCUCUGCGUCCAGAUUUUUGCUCGAGCACGCAUCCGCGCGAGCGACCAGUGCUGAAGCCUGAAAUGCAGGUUCAGCGUCGGCGCGAUGGACUCAUCAUGGAGUCGAACUGCACUGGGACAAUCCGAAGACUAGGAAGCCAGUUCCCCGGACUCGCAGCGCUUGUCAACUUCUUCGAAGUCGCCGCGAGCCGCCGCGCAGUAUCCAAAUCGCAAGGCAUUCUCCCGACGGAGCUGUAUGACAUGAUUGUGGACUUUGUUGAUUACGACACGUGGAAGGCCUGCUUGCUUGUAUCUAGUGUGGUUCGUGCCUGCUGCCUUCGCAAGUAUAGGCUUGAUGAUCGUAUGAGAAUUGUGGCAGGCCCCUUCGAGAGGCUGCAAGAGAACUACGAAGAGCCCCUGAUGUCCUUCAACUUCGAAAAUAUGCAAACUGGCGAGAUCCUUCCGAUGAGGCACGUUCCGCAUCGUCAUUCGACAGAAGAGUGUAACUGGAUGCCGCUCAUCGGCAGCGACCGAAAAGCGCUCAUGGUGGACGUGGUCACCCAGUUUGAGCCGGUGGAGGCUGAGCCUGUGGAAGCCGACGGCGAUGAUGAAUGUGCACGAAGUAUCCUGGAACAAGUGCCGUAG